CACAACCUCCCUGUCCUGCUUUCUCCGUUGCGAAUCACUUUCACGAACCCUUCGAUCCAGAUCAUUGUGCAGAAAUAUCUUUAACUCGAGUAGGAGCCUAUCAAUCCGGUAUCUCCUGCGCGAGCGCGUCUUGAAGCUUCAUCAUGCCUGAGAUUGGCGAAGUCGCGCGUAUCGUGCAUUACUUAAAGAAGCAUGUCGUUGGUAAGACAAUUGCUGCCGUCAAGACACAAGAGGAUGCUAUUGUAUACGGCAAGGUCGGCACCUCGGCAUCGGCUUUCCAAGAAGCCAUGACUGGCAAGAAAGUUGUGGAUGCCCGACAACAAGGCAAAUACUUCUGGCUGGAGAUGGAAUCGCCCCCGCAUCCACUGAUACACUUUGGCAUGUCGGGAUGGAUAAAGUUCUCAAACGAUGACUCUGCGUACUAUCGACCUACUAAACCGGAGGGAAGCGAGUGGCCGCCGCGAUUCUGGAAAUUUGUUCUUCAGAUUAAAGAGGACCCUGACUGCGAAAUAGCAUUCGUCGAUGCGCGACGACUGGGUCGGGUUAGACUCGUAGACGCGAAGGGAGAUGAGAUGAGGAAGACAACGCCAUUGAAGGAGAACGGCCCGGACCCUGUCAUUGAUCCUGAGAUCCUGACCGUGGAGUGGCUGAAGAGGAAGUUGAGGAGCAAGAGGGUUCCCGUCAAAGCACUUUUGCUGGAUCAAGCAAAUAUCAGCGGUAUUGGCAAUUGGGUCGGAGAUGAGAUUCUCUACCAAGCCCGCCUCCAUCCUGAACAAUACAGCAACACAUUCAGCGACACCCAAGUCAAGGAGCUCCACGAUGCCAUGGUCUAUGUUUGCAACACCGCUGUCGAUACACUCGCGGACGCGGAAAAGUUCCCGGAGGAUUGGCUGAUGCGGCAUCGUUGGGAUAAAGGAAAGAAGAAUGGGGGAAAGCUGCCGAAUGGUGCCAAGAUAACCUUCCUCAAGGUUGGUGGGAGAACUUCUGCCGUCGUGCCGAGUGUUCAGAAGAAGACCGGAGCUGUUGCUGGUGAUGUAUCAGAGGAUGUGAAUGGGGGUGGGGAGUCAGAUGAGGACGUGAAGUCAAAGAAGGACAGCAAGCGAAAAGGCAAAGCUAUAAAGGGGGAAGACGAGGAAGAGGAAGAGGAAAAGCCUAAAGCGAACUCGAAACGAGGUCGCAAAAAGGUCGAGGAGAACGGGGCAGUCAAGGAUGAAGAGCAGGAGGAGUCCCCUGCCCCGAAGAGGCAGAGAAGGGCUGUUAAUAAUGAAACUCCAAAGAAGGGAAAGCAAACAGCGGAGGAGAAGGUUAGAACCGAGGAGCCACUACCCUCGAAAGAGAACUCUCUCUUUCGGUCUGUGGUCAAAUUCUACGAGUCUAAGCAAUACAAGAAGGGCCUCAAAGCUGCAGAGCAGAUUCUGCGCAAGGUCCCCAACCAUGGCGACACACAGGCCAUGAAGGCCCUGAUCCUCAACUCCCAAGGCCAGACAGAAGAAGCCUUUGCCCUCGCCAAAAUCGCCCUUCGAAAUGACAUGAAGUCGCAUGUUUGCUGGCACGUCUACGGCUUACUCUGGCGCUCGCAGAAAAACUAUGAGGAAGCUAUCAAGGCGUACAAGAUGGCCCUCAGGAUCGAGCCGGACUCGCAGAAUAUCCUCCGCGACCUCGCCCUCCUACAAAUUCAGAUGCGGGAUUACCUAGGCUACAUCGAGAGUAGGAGCACUAUGCUGAGCGCGCGACCACAGUUGAGACAGAAUUGGACAGCAUUAGCCGUGGCACACCAUCUUGCAGGUCACUAUAAAUCUGCGGAGCAUGUCCUAAAAACCUUCGAAAAUACCCUGAAGAGUCCGGUGCCGAAAUCGGACCUCGAGCAUUCAGAAGCUGUCCUCUACAAGAAUACGUUAAUUGCGGAAUCCGGGGAAACACAACGAGCUUUGGAACAUCUUGAGGAUAUUAUGAAGGACAAUCUAGACCGAACCGCUGUUCUGGAGCUGAAAGCGAAGUACCUGCUAGAGCUAGGUAAGAAUGCGGAGGCCGAGAAGGCUUACAGGGCUCUGGUGGGCAGGAACAACGAGUACAGGGCGUACUAUGACGGACUAGAAAAGGCCCUUGGACUGGACAGGUCCGACCCCGGAUCUCAUGAAGCACUCAUGCAAAUCUAUGACUUGUACGCUGGGAAGAGCGAGCGUCUAGAUGCUCCAAGGCGGAUACCACUCGACUUCCUGAAAGGAGAGACGUUCAAAUCAGCAGCAGACAAGUAUCUCCGACGGAUGCUGAACAAGGGUGUCCCUUCGACCUUCCCUAACAUCAAAGCCCUAUACGCCGAUGCUGACAAGAAGGCUAUCAUCGAGGAAUUGGCACUCGGGUACACUUCGGAAAAGAAAAUGAAUGGUUCGGCCUCAGGAGAGGUGAACGGGCAGGUCUCAGAUCGCUUCGAGCAAUCCGUACUUUAUUUUCUCGCCCAGCACUACAAUUACCGCCUCAGCCGCGAUUUGGAGAAGGCUAUGGGAUACGCCGAUCAACUGCUUGAGAUUAAUCCGAAAUCGGUCGACUAUAAUCAGCUCAAAGCGCGGAUAUGGAAGCACUAUGGGAACACGAAGAAGGCUUCUGAAACGAUCAACCACGCUCGCGAGCUCGAUGAGAAAGACCGCUACAUCAACACCAAGUGCGCCAAGUACCAGCUACGAAACAACGAAAACGAGGCCGCUUUGAUCACGAUGAGCAAGUUUACACGAAACGAGACAGUCGGAGGACCUCUUGGAGAUCUCCAUGACAUGCAGUGUAUGUGGUUCUUAACGGAAGAUGGAGAGGCCUACUUACGGCAAAACAAUCUCGGUCUUGCUCUAAAGCGCUUUACUGCAAUUGCCGAUAUAUUCGAAAUAUGGCAUGAUGAUCAGUUCGAUUUCCACAGCUUCUCGUUACGAAAAGGGCAGAUCAGGGCGUACAUUGACAUGGUGAGAUGGGAGGAUCAUCUGCGCGAUCAUCCGUUCUUUACAAGAGCCGCGAUAUCGGCCAUCAAGAUCUACCUGAUGUUGGCUGACAGCCCGAAUCUCGCUAAUGCUACCCCGACAUCUAAGGAAUUGAAAGAAAUGGAUCCGGUAGAGCGAAAGAAGGCGCAAAAGAAAGCUAAGAAGGAGCAGCUGGAGAAGGAAAAGGCAGAAGCCGAGAAGAAAGCAGCAGCGGCCAAAAAGCCAACUCCCACCGGCGCGGAUGGAGAGCCCAAGAAAGAAGACCCCGAUCCGAAGGGUCUGAAACUCAUUCAGACGAAGGAACCACUAGAGGCCUCGUUGAAGUUCCUGGGUCCUCUUCUUGAGUUUAGCCCGAAGAACGUUGAGGCCCAGAACCUUGGGUUUGAAGUCUACUUUAGGAAGAAGAAGUGGGUACUUGCCCUCCACUGCCUCCACCAAGCCCAAACCCUAGAUCCCGAAAACCCCAAACUUCAUGAACAGUUUGUCCGCAUGCGGCUAGCGCUAAAUUCAUCAAGCGACCUCCAACCCAAGGUCUCCGAAGUCGUGAAGGAGACUUUCACCUUUAUUCCCGCCGACGGCGACCUCAAAACGUUUAACUCCGAGUUCGAAAAGAAGCACGCAAAGAGUGUUUCUCAUUUGCAGUCAGCGUGCAACGUGCGCUAUCUGCUUGACAAGAACGCAAAGAGCCAGGCCGAGGCAGAUGUACAGAAACUCCUCGAUCUCCCUACUAUCACCAUGGAGCAAGCUAUCGCGGGUCUCUCAUGCCUCGACGAAUGGUCUAGCGACGACAAAACAAAAGACACAUACCGGGCAGCGGCCUCAAAGAAAUGGCCGGAAGCAACCAUGUUCCAGUGAAACUACGCAUUGACCCAUGAUGCCUGGUAUUUGAGAUGGUAAAUUAGGAGAGAGAUCGAGGAGGAGCAGUGUACGUCUUUCUGGCUGGGUGAGGUAGAAAUGGAUGGAUGGAUGCAUUAUUUAGUCUUUUAUGUUGUGUGUGGCUGUCAACUGGCAUUUAAGGGUCUUUAAUCACAAUCAAGAAUCUUGCUGUUUAUCCAAAUGUACGUUAGAGUGUCGUGCCCUGGACCCUUUGUUAGAUAGCAUGAGCUGAGCGGAGCAUUGAUUUGAUAUGAUGUUAAAUGCAGGCAGUGGGAAGGAAUGGGUGGGGUUGGAGCUUUUUCUUGCCGCUGGCUUCUUACGGGUUGGUUGUAGUGGAUAGGAAUGUAGGUGGGGAUAUAAAAAGCUUACAUAAAUAGAGGAUUUUGAUAUGGAUGCAAAUUAUCGC